CCCAUCUCCCCAGCAACCAACCGCGGCCCUGCGCCCCAACUCCCCGGCGACCAGCCAUGGACACGCUUCCCACCACCCUUGUGACUAGCCGUGGCCCCGCACCAGCAUAUCCACGCCACCUCCGACUCCUUUUUGAUCUCGCUGGUAGAUCUUGGGUGAAGUCCUCCGGCACCCACUGAUGCUUACCAGCCACCACUCUGCCUCCUCCCCGAUGGGACUACGCCGCCGCGUACACGCAGUUCAUCACCGCCACCCCAGGCCGUUCAAUGUCGCCGCCAUGGACGAGCCCCACUCCAGCGCCAUGGUUCGUGCUUCAACGCAAACACUGGAGCCUGCAGGAGGAGCCGCGAGGUCGAGAACCAUCCCGCCGACCGCAGCCGCCCCGCCUUCCCGCCGACCGGCGCCGCCUCGCCCCCACGCACUACUUCCUCCGGCCCCCGUCCAGGAAAAAUGGUGGAUAAAAGCGCAGGUUAUGUCGCUACGGGCGGCUGCCACAACUGUAAGUUCUAUUGCGCUCAAGCAUAGGGAGGGAUUGACGUGUUAUCGAUGGAUCACUGCCGGUAACUUAACUUAUUGUGUCAGUUCUAGUGCCACGCUAGCUAAGGUAUAAAUGUACUGACUGUUCAUACCUUUAAUCUGUUCAGUUUGUGAACAUGUAUCAGUUUCAGUGUUAAAAUAGGAACACAAAUAAGUUAACUUUGCAAGUGCAUCAGUUCACCUUGAAUGAAAUACAAAAGUGGACCAUCAAGUUUUUCCAUCAUUUCGCUUAUUAAAAAACAGAAAGUUGGUUGUGUAAAGAAAACUGGAGAACCAAUGUCAGCCUAGAAGUUUAGGUCGUGGAGCAAGCCUGCGCAAAAAAAGGACCCAUGUAGCGCUUCUCCAGGUUGUCCACUGUGUCAAUGGCACUCUCUCACAGCAAUCUCUCUCCUUCUCUGCUUCUGCUAUUAAAAUGCAUACAAGUGUUGUUAUGCUAAUUGAGUAGCUUUUCUUGCUCUUACGGUGUUUGUGACUAUUCCUGUGAGCACCAUUUUGAUAUGCUUAUUUUGUGCUCCCAUGAAUGUUUUUGGAGCAGUACAAAUACAUCAUCAUAGUGAGUAAAGAUGUGGCACCUUGGGAAGUACUACCAUUAAUGUUUGGAUCAAGUUCAGAACAGAAAACCCAGAAAAAAAUGUGUGCAAAAGAAACAUCUUGUUGGAUUCUCUAUGAAUACAUGAUAAUUGGCUUUAGGUUGGUACUUUCCUUGAAAUGCAGUUGCUUGGUAUCUCACUGGAUAUCCCCCCUCAUUAUUAGCUGAUGAUGUGGAUGAUUCUGUUUGUUUACUUAAUAGGACAGGGACAUUUUCCUCUCUGAUUCUUGAUGUGCCGCUGCCGCGGUUUGUCUACCAUGCCACAAGAAACUAAAAUGCUUUUCAGUUCAUCUACUCCGCGAUUAUUUUUCUGCUGCUACAAAUGUGUGUGUACUGCUACAAAUGUGUGUGUGCUGCUACAAAUGUGUGUGCUGCUACAAAUCUGAAUUUCUUGUCUAGUCAUACUGAUUUUCAGAAAAUUAUGUAUUUUAGAUGAGCUUUGUUUUUCUAUUGUUCUGCAAAGUGGUUCUUUUGCAGCCCACUAGGUGUUGGUGCAAAAUGUCAAGUUUCUUUGUGUCGGUCCAUUUCAAUUUAAUUUUUUCAGUUUAGUUCAAUUUCAAUUUUGAUUAUUAAAUUAUGUACCCAUGCUUGGUCUUCUGACUACCUUUCAUGCUAAAAAUUGUCUAUUUUUUCUUUCUUAAGUGCAUAUGAUGUCUUACACUUCAUCUCUGAUCUUCAGGUAAGUUUAUGUGGACUCUAUAUCAAUCCUGAUGUAGAAAAAUGUACGUGUGAUGUCCAGUUUCUUCUUUUGGUCCAGUUCAAUUCUUAUGAGUCGUCCCGGCAACACGUCACACGGCCACCAACUUCCUACGAUUGGGCCACACCACCACCGGCCCGUCCACAACGGUUGCUGGCAGCCGUCCAGGUUGAGAGCUGAUGGUAGUUCUCUCCAUGUGUCAACGGCACUUUCAUG